GAGCGCGCCCCUCGCGCCCUCGCACCAACCCCCAAACCGACUUGUGCCCGUCAACUGCAUCUUCCCAGCCUGGUGUGGGGACACACUGGCCAAGUCCCCGCCGUGUGUGGUGUGCAGAUGACAGCCGCUGGGCUUCCUUCCCCAAGCGGUCGCGGGCGGGCGGGCAGGAGGCAAAGUUUGUCGGAGAAUCGGGGUGACUUUGCUCGGGGACCCGCAUCUGCGCGAAUGCGCGGUGCCGCGGAGCGCGUCUCGCAGCAGCUCCGGGCUGGGGACCGGCUGUCCCUCGCUCCCGGAACCCCUUCAGGGGUGUGUUCUGGAAAAGUGGUGACAUGAGCUAGCGCUGGAGCGGCAGGAGGGAGCAGCUCGCACCCCUGCAGCCCAGGCGGGGAGGGCGCAGACCCCGCGGUGCUGCCCUGCGGCCGCGAUGAGGGAACAGCCCUCGUUUGCCUGGCGCUGAUAAGGCUGUGGCGGUAGUGGAAUGCGAAAGCCAGGACGGAAUGGAAACAGGACCAGAAGACCUCUACAGGAUGCCUGAGGCAAAUUCUCCCAGGCGAACUCCACAGAAUGUUCCCUACCAGGACCUGCCUCACCUGGUCAACGCCGAUGGACAGUACCUCUUUUGUAGGUACUGGAAGCCCAGUGGCACACCCAAGGCCCUCAUCUUUGUGUCCCAUGGCGCUGGGGAGCACUGUGGCCGUUAUGAUGAGCUGGCUCAGAUGUUGAAGGGGCUGGACAUGCUGGUAUUUGCCCAUGACCAUGUUGGCCAUGGGCAGAGCGAGGGCGAGAGGAUGGUGGUCUCGGACUUCCAGGUUUUUGUCAGAGAUGUGCUGCAGCAUGUGGACGCCGUUCAGAAGGACUACCCUGGGGCCCCCGUCUUCCUCCUGGGCCACUCCAUGGGUGGUGCCAUCUCCAUCCUCGCGGCUGCAGAGAGACCGACCCACUUCUCUGGCAUGGUUCUGAUCUCACCUCUGGUUCUUGCCAAUCCAGAAUCUGCAUCAACUUUCAAGGUCCUUGCUGCCAAAGUGCUCAACCUUGUCCUACCAAACAUGUCCUUGGGGCGCAUCGACUCCAGUGUGCUGUCUCGGAACAAGUCAGAGGUCGACCUGUAUGACUCCGACCCACUCAUCUGCCGUGCAGGGGUGAAGGUGUGCUUUGGCAUACAGCUGCUGAACGCCGUCUCCAGGGUGGAACGCGCGAUGCCCAAGCUGACGCUGCCAUUCCUGCUGCUGCAGGGCUCUGCUGACCGGCUGUGUGACAGCAAAGGUGCCUACCUGCUCAUGGAAUCGUCCCGGAGUCAGGACAAGACGCUCAAGAUGUAUGAAGGUGCCUACCACGUUCUCCACAAGGAGCUUCCAGAAGUGACCAACUCUGUCCUCCAUGAAAUAAAUACGUGGGUCUCUCACAGGACAGCAGCAACAGGAGCCGGGUGCCCACCCUGAACAUGCUGGCCAGGCAACCAGCUUGUGGUCUGGGGGAAGCAGGCAGAGUCGGGGCAGUGCCGGCUGGCUUGAAAAACAGAAUCACAAAUUGGUGGGGGGACCCCUAGUGCAAUUUACUCUGAAAAAGAAAAAGAUAAUUUGUCAUAUAUAAGGCUACUGGCCACUGACUCUACUACCCUAGGGGGUAGGCACUUUAUGAAAGAGGGAGUAUAUUUUCCACACAGAGACUGUGUUGGAAUGUCCUUUGACUAAAAAAGCCGUAGCCUCUGCCCACCUCUCCCAGCUCCCGUGGGAUUCAGGGACUCUCUUGCAGUCCCAUGUCCCAGCCUGCAAUAAUCAGAGGUCUCUUUCCUCCUGUCCCAAGCCCUCUCUGACUGGCUGUUCUCUGGCAUGUGAUGAGGUGGCCUGUGUCCCCAGAGCUAGCCCCUUAGUAGGCUCACGUGCCCUUCCAAGGCACUUCCUCAAAAUGGGCAGCCACCCUAUGACCUGGUCAGCGACUUCUCAGAUGAAAGCCAGGCUGUCGGGAGGGAGGGUGGCCCUGAAGCUCUUCUCCUCACACAGGUCUCCCCCUGGUGGGAGUCUGGUUACCCACGGCAUGUUGUAUGUAUUUAGAAAGGUCCCUUCUCUCAGGUCACUAAGUACUCCGUGCUGAAGAGGGUAGCUUUGAAGAUAGGUGUUUAAUAUAUACGAUAUAUGCUAAAGUAAAGACUAUAUAAAGCUUGGACAGCUUUGGAAAAACUGGUACCCCACAUAGGGCCAGUCUGCUGAGGGCCCCAGUCCCCUGACUGAGGACUAGCUGGCUCUCCUUGCAGAGAAAACACAGGGGAUGGAGGACUGUGGCCUGGGCUGUCCCUCUGUCCAGAGCCACUAGGAGUGUUCCCUGCUAGUAGCACCGCUACCUCUGGUGGCCUGGGAGACUCUCAUGAAGCCAUGGUGCUGGCUGCCUGCCCAGGGCAGCAAGAGCACCCAGUGACCACCCGCAGACAAGGGCCACAGCGGUCUGCACCCCAUCGCAGGUCACAGCAGGAUGGCCCACAUGGCCUCAUAGAGGCUGCCCUGGAGCAGUGAAGCCCGAGCCCCCUGACCUCUCAGGUCCCCGCCCAGAGGCCUGCCCCAGGCCUCACUUAGUGCCAGCAAUAACUGGGGCUUACUGCCCUCUUGGAGCACUUUCAUCUUUACAGAGGGGCUUGCUGUUACCUCAGGAGUCUUGUUAGUGCACAGAGGACCCUGGGAAGGGGCGCUGAUGCCAGGGAGAACUGCUUGGCUGCAGGGAGGGGGGAGUGGGACCUCGAUCCUCCAGGAAGCUGCAAUCCAGGGCCCCCGUGGUUUCGGAGGAGGCACCUGUCAACCUAGGCCCUGUCCUUUCUGGAGUUUAUCCUGGGACCCAGGGAGGGCCCUCUGCCCUCUCCAGUGGCCCUGACCAUGCAUAGCAGUCAGAAGCUGGCCACCAAUGCAGGCCAUAAGGUCACCAUCCCCUCAGCAGGCAUGAGCCCUGCAUGCAGGGAAGGCAGGGCUCAGGAGCUGUCCAGUGCCCCCUCUUAGCUUCAGAAAAUAAAAAGUGGGCUAAGAGGAGCAGCCAGCACUCCCGGCUGCUCAGGGAGCCCUGGACAGCAGCAGACCGGCAUGGGGUAUUUCUCUUCUCCAUCAAGAAAAAAAAAAAAAAAAGGACCCCACUCCAGACUACUAUGCCUCGGGCCCAGAUCUGUGACUCUUACAGGAACCACCCAGGGCUGCUCCCAGAAGCACAUGCUGACAAUGCCAUUUUCCAAACCACAUGCCAGCACCCGGGCUGGUGGCUUUCGUGCGUGACUUCAUUUACAGCAAUGCAUGUGUGUCUGGUUAAAGAAUCUCUAACACUAAAGGGGUGGGUACAAUAUCUGAAAUUGGGACUGUCCUGUUAAACCUGAAAGAGGGGACAGGGACAAUGAAUGCAUCAUGUCCUGCAUGACAAAAUCAGGGCCAGCGCAGAGCUGUCUGUAGAGAGCUGGGUCAGCCUUGUUCAGACUCUGCCCUUGGCACUGGAAGCCCGACAAGCAGGCUUCGAAGUCACCCCAUCACCAGGAUGCAGAGGGACUGGGGUGUGGGAGGAAUGCUAAGACACACCAGGCUUGGUCUGAAGAAGGUGGAAGCCAGCAGAGGGCCUUGAGAGCCCUCCCAGGUGACUGAGGGGGUAACCAGACCCAAGCACCUUUAAGAACUUAGCACCUUCUCCAACAAGGAUGGACUUAGCGCCUGAAAAGCUUUUUAGGAAAGAGUGCCACCUGCAGGUAGUGGGGCAUCUCAACCACUCAGCUCCAGUUCCUUGGCAGAUAGGUAGGGGAACAGCCUCCCUCCACCAUGGGCCCCUCAGCUUCCACGUGUCCUGGGGACCACCAUGAGAGCAGUUGGGGUGCUCUAAUACCACAGGGCUCUGCUCGUCUCCCACCCCUAGGCCACCUCACACUCCCCUUUCUCUCCUGAUUGCUAAUGUAACUAUCUAGGGAUCACAGUGGCUCACUGGUUUGUUACCCUCACCGCGCUCCAUCACACUGGCUUAGAACUACUAAAGAAACGGAUGUGCACUACAGCUCACAAUAAUAAACCACGUGCUUUUGGAGAGA